GCCCGGCUUAGUCUGCCGCGGCUUUCCCUGCCGCGAGGGCCGGCGGCCCGGCCUGCGGCGGGCGAGCGGCUGCGCUCGGAGGGACUGCGGGCGCGGAUCGCUUCCCAAGGCGCCCCGCAGGCCCAGGGCCCCGCCCGCGGCCCAGGUUGGGCGGCCUUGCUCCAGGGACUGACCGCCUCCGCGGUGCCAGGCUUUCCGCUGAAGCGACGUGUAUUUUCUCCGUAGGUGGCAGUGGGGCUCCUGCUGGACAGUGCCCGCGGCAGGGUGCGGUUUUGAUGAGCGAGACGUCACUGCCUUCAUAAAAGCAAAUUUAUCUCCAGGAGCUGCUGAGCAAUGCAAGUUCAACAGCAGCCACAAUGUCAAAUAAAGAGGUGAAAGCAGCAUUAAAGAGUGCUAGAGAUGCAAUACGAAAUAAAGAAUAUAAGGAAGCCUUAAAACAUUGCAAGGCAGUCUUGAAGCAAGAAAAAAAUAAUUACAAUGCUUGGGUAUUCAUUGGCCUGGCAGCUGCUGAGUUAGAGCAACCUGAUCAGGCCAAAGGAGCAUAUAAGAAGGCUAUUGAACUUGAACCAAACCAGUUACUGGCAUGGCAGGGAUUAGCAAAUUUAUAUGAGAAACCCAACCAAACAGAUGUCAAAGGAGACUUAGCAGAUGUUUACCAAAAACUCUUGGAACUCUACAAAAGUGGUGACAAACAGAAAUGGUGUGAUGUAUGUAACAAGCUUGUGGAACUAUAUCAUCAAGAAAAAAAGUAUUUAGAGGUGGCUGAAACAUGGCAGAAACUAAUACAAAUGAGACAGGAGGAAGGUGCAGAAAAGGCAGAGCUUCAUCAGCUUUGGAAGAAGAUGAUCCAGUUACUGAAAGACGGUACAAGGAACCAGGAUAAUAAGACUGAGCAGUUGCUUUUGACCGCAUUUGAACAUGCAGUGAACUCUGCUGACACCAUUCCUGGCGAAGACCACCAAAAUCUUUACAAAGACUUUAUCCAGUGCUUGUCAAAAUUUCCUCAUGAAGCAGCUAGGUUGGAAAAGGCCUGUAAUGAUAUGAUGGCUUUGUAUCCUACCAUGAGUUAUCCUUUAGAAGUACUUUGCUUGCACUUUGUUAAUUCAGGUACUUUGUCAGAAGAGGCCCUGCACUGUUUUUCUAGGCUUUUGGAGAUGGACGCAAGUAGUGGUCCAGGCAUCAUUGGUUUUGGUAUAAAAUGCCUCCAAGAAAAGAAAUACAAGGAGGCUGUUAAGAGUCUUACUGAAGGUUUACAGAAGACUAACCAGUGUCCAGCAGCCUGGCAUUAUUUAGCAGAGGCACAGGUGAAAAUUCACAAAUACAGAAACGCUGUCCUGUCCUGCAAUCAAGCUCUUGAGGCUCUUGAAAUUCCUGAGGGUCCUAAUCUUCGGUGGAAGAAUCUUGUCCUUCAGUUGAAAGCAGAGACUUUGAUUAAAAUAGCUGAUGCUGCAGAAGAAGCCAUUAAAGCACUUGAGCAGAUUGUAGAUGCAAGCAGUGAUCCAGUGAUUUCAGCUAUAAGGGGCCAGGCUUAUCUAAACAAAGGUUUAAUGGAUGAGGCUUCUAAGAUUUCACAAGAGCUUCUGUUGUCCCACCCUGAUCUGGCUGAGUCCCAUGCCCUAGAUGGUUACAUCCAUUAUUCCCAAAAGAACUAUGAACAAGCAGAAAGAAGUUUUCUGAAUGCUAUUGAAAGAAAGGCAGAAACUGCAGAGUAUCAUCAGUACUUGGGGCUCACAUACUGGUUCAUGAGUGAUGAGACAAAAAAAGACAAAGGAAAAGCACUCACUCAGUUCUUGAAGGCUGCAAAAUUGGACAGCUACUUGGGAAGUGCCUUUUUUUAUUUAGGUAACUACUACAGAGACAUUGCUGGAGAUAAAAGUAGAGCUCGUGGUUGCUAUAAAAAGGCUUUUGAACUGGACGAAAUGGAUGAAGAAUCUGGAACAGCAGCUGUAGACUUAAGUGUGGAACUUGGAGACAUGGAUACUGCUCUGUCAAUCCUGAAUGAGGUAACUGAAAAAGCAAGCCCUGGUACAGCAAAAUGGGCUUGGCUUCAUCGUGGACUUUAUUACCUGAGAAGUGGUCAGCCAUCACAAGCAGUAGCUGAUUUGCAGGCAGCUCUCAGAGCUGAUCCAAAGGAUUCCAACUGCUGGGAGUCUCUAGGGGAGGCUUAUUUGAACAGAGGUAGCUACUCAACAGCUCUGAAAUCCUUCAGGAGAGCAAGUGAGCUGAACCCAGGGCUCAUGUACAGCACUUACAGAGCUGCAGCACUUGAGCAGAUUCUAGGCAAAUAUGAAAAUGCUAUAGCUACCUAUCAACAAAUUUUGAAGAAGACAGAAAACUAUGUGCCUGCGCUGAAAGGACUUGGUGAAUGCUAUCUCAUGCUGGCAAGAUCAGCACUUGAUAACUAUUUGGAUAGGAAGGCUGUGGAUUACAUAGAGCAGGCUCUUGAAUAUUUUACAAGGGCAAUAAAGCACCGUCCUGAUAUAUCUUGCCUCUGGAAACUUCUUGGAGAUACCUGUACUAGCGUGCAUGUUAUUUCACCAAGCAAAGUGCAUGUUCAAGUACUAGGAUCCCUUCUUUGGGGAAAAAUGGGUAAAAACGCAGACAAACAGAUGCUGAAGAAAAAUGAGCUGCUCAUACUGGGAGGAAGGUGUUAUGGCAGAGCUUUAAAAUUGAUGCCUUUGCCUAGCAUAUGGUGUGAUCUUGGAAUAAAUUAUUAUCGACAAGCAGAGCACCUCACAGCAAUGGGCACUGACAUGAAUGAGAUCAGUGAACUGCUAGAGAAGUCUUUGCAGUGUCUCAAAAAAGCUGUAAGACUUGACAGCAAAAAUCAUCUUUUUUGGAAUGCACUUGGUGUAGUUGCUUCUUGUAGUGCUAUUGGGAAUUAUGCUCUUGCUCAACAUUCGUUCAUCAAGUCUGUUCAAGCUGAGCAAAUUAAUAUUGUUGCCUGGACCAACUUGGGGGUUUUGUAUCUGGCAACUGGAAACAUUGAGCAAGCUCAUGAAGCCUUCAAGGUAGCCCAGUCUCUGGAGCCUUCUUACUUGCUGUGUUGGAUUGGACAGGCUCUUAUUGCAGAGACGGUAGGCAGCUAUGACACUAUGGAUCUCUUCAGGCACACAACUGAACUCAAUAUGCAUGCUGAGGGAGCAAAAGGCUAUGCCCACUGGGUAUGUUCAACACUGCAGAACAAAGCCAACAGAAACUCUGAACUAUAUCUGUACAACAUUGUACAAAUGAAUGCAAUUCCAGCAGCCCAGGUGGUAUUGAGCAAAUAUACAGAAAGAAAUCCAGACGAUGCAUCUGCUUUCACAAUGCUUGGUUAUUUGAAUGAGUAUCUACAUCUGAAACAGCAGGCAGCGUAUGCCUAUGAGAGGGCAGCUUCAUUGCUGAAAAACUCUGAGGAUACUGAAAAAUACAAUACAGCAAUACAAAACUAUGGCAGGUCACUGUGUGCCCUUGAUCUGUGUGAUAAGGCCAUUGAAGUUUAUGCAUCAAUACCCCUAACUGAGUUUGAUGGCAUUGUGGGGCUAGCAUUAGCUUACUUCAAGAAAGGACUCUUAGAAGAAAGUAUCAAAGCCUAUGAAAAAGCCCUGUCUGUUGCUGAGUCUGAAAAAGAUAGAGCACAUAUCCUGACUGCCUUGGCAAUAAUAGAAUAUAAACAGGACAAAGUGGAUGCUGCAAAGACACUGCUGUUUAAAUGCUCAUUAAAGGAACCUAGUAUGGAAAGUCUGAAGGCUUUGUGCACACUAGGACUGGUAAAACAGGAUGCAACACUUGCAACAGCAGCCCUAAAAGAAUUACUGAAGCAUGAAAAAGGGGAUGAUGGAAUUUAUGAGCGGUGCCUUACUGCAUCUGCUAUUUAUGCAUUACAAGGUAGAAAUGUGAGGGUCCAGAGAGAAGUCUCCAAAGCAGUACACAGUAACCCAGAUAAUCCUGCCCUCUGGUCUCUUCUAUCUCGAGUAGUUCCACUGUCUGCAUCACAAAAGGCAAAAGGGGGAGCUGUGGCAGGAAGUAUCGCACAUAUAAUCGAUGCAAAGCAUGGAAAGGAAGUCCUGCUGAAUAUUGCAGUUAAUCAAUUGGCAGCAGGUCACAUGCUAGAAGAUGAGAAAAACAACCCUAUAAAAAAUAUCCAGAGGGCCAUCCACAUCUGUCCAGAUAAUCCUACUGCCUGGGCAGUGCUAAUGGCAGCCUGUCAUGCUGAAAACACUGUUGUCUGUCUAAACAACACUCAGCCGAAACGAACAGGUCUAGAGAUGACACUUGUGUCUACAGUUUCAGCCAAAACUGGGGAAAGUAACCUUCCUCAUAAUUAUGUCCAUAUUCUGGAAGACUGGUGUCUCUGUCAAGCUAUUACCAGUCUAGAGGAGACCGGUAAACUAUCAGAAGCUGAAGCUCUUUGUAACAAGGCUUUAAAAAGCUGCCCUGAGCACCCAGCUCUGUUUUUGCUUUUGAGACAAGUUCAGUGUAAGCAGCUAUUGAAGUCUCACAAAGAACUUCCAGGCAACAUCCUGGAGGAGCUUCGCAAGACAGUCAUGACCAGUCCAACUUCAGUUGCCGCCUGGCAAUGGCUGGCAAAAGUAUAUCAGUCUCAGAGAAUGAUGAUUGGAGCAGAGAUGUGUUACAGAAAGAGUCUGCAGUUGGCGUCACAGCAGGGCAGCUGGAACGGGAAGUUAUCCAGUCUGCUCAGGCUAGCUAUGCUCGCACUGGAAAUCUGCAUGGCUAAUGUCUCAAAUGAGCACUGGCCAUCCUUGGUUCAGGAGGCAACAACAGAAGCUUUGAAACUUUCUCCUUGCCCCCUGGCAGCUCUGCUUCAAGCCCUGCUACAGUAUAAUCGCAAAAUGGGAGCAAGGGAGACUCGACGAAUGUUGGAAAGAGUGGUUUAUCAGCCAGGGAAUCCAGAAACUAUUGUGUCGGUGGCACGCUGGUACCUCCUGCAACAUCUGUAUGCCAAAGAGGAUUGUGAAUUAAUAGAUGUGCUUAUAGAAAAUGCCAAAGCUAAUGGAGAUGUUAGAGCUCUGGAACUAAAUGAGAAGUUGUCAGCAAGCGCCUAGUAUGGACUAUCUCAAGCAAAAUAAUCUAACAUUCAUCUAACUUAACUAGUUCACCUUCCAGAAACGUAUAUGGUUUGGGCUAUUGUAUUUGUUUGUCUGGUUUUGUUUUUUUCUGUUUCAUCAACUGCAACUUUGUCCUUAGUUUUACUUCUUCUUGAACAAAAGUAGGCUAUUUUCUUGUUGAGUUAUAUAACCCAUAAAAUCACACUUUACUUAGAAAAGAAAA